UCUUAUAUUAGUGUUCAUUUACCUAGUCACCUAUUCUACCGAACAACGAUGGUGUUUACGACGGCGUUCAAUGAAUUUUAAAACAACCAAUCUCGUGAUCGAAAGUUUCACCUGUGUUAUUAUCUUGCUAUCUCUUCCGUGUUUUCACCAUUUGAUUUUUGCUACGAGAAAUUAAUUUUUCGUUCUGGAGACAGUUUAGUUAGUGAACAAUUAUCGCUUGUUAGAUGUGUUAUUCAAGGAAUUAUCGAUGACAUUGAGUUACACUAUCUUCGCUAUGUGAUAUUCUCUUAUACAUAAUAUUUUUAAAAAUUUUUGUUGAACGGGAGCUCUACAAUGCCGCCAGGUUUUCGCAGAUAUCACAUCAACUAUGAUAAUGCGUUGAUACCGAUAUCUUGAUCGUGUGUAUACGCCAGUCCAAUAUUGUCUCCAAGGAGGUCUCGUGUCAUAUUUGCUACGUUUAUAUUAUAUUUAUCAUGGAAGCCGAUGAGUUGGUAUUGUAUUUUGCUAUAGCAGGUGGGAUUACUGCUGGUGCUUUGCUAGUGCUGUUCAUUUUAGUGUGCGUACUGUUUGUCAAAGUGAAUCGAUUAUCAACAGACGGGUCCAAUCAACUGAAUAGACAAACAAGUAUGAUGGCAGACUUUUGUUACACGAAUCCCACAAUUGUACCAGGAGAAUUACUAUCACGUCGUGGAUUCUCGAUGUACAGCGGUUCCGAUAACUAUAACGAUGAUUAUGGAACAAAAAAAGAUCAUCAUUUUGGCACUUAUCACGAAGCACGAUCAAAAUUUUGACUAAAAUCAAUAAGUUUGAAUGACAGACUGUAUGCAUAACUUAUGUAAUUUUCGAUCAUAUACCAUACUAAAGGAUUGAUUAAUUUUGUAUAAUAAAUUAAAAUUACGUUAUUUAUCAGUUUAUAAGA